GCGACACCGCGACUUUGCUUCCAUCAUCGUCGUGUGUAAUAAAAACUAUGGAUGAAAAGGGUCCGACGAAGGGCUGUGAUGUGCCUUAUCAACCGCCUGACGCAACAACAGCAUCGGCGGCGACAGUAGGCCCGGAGGAGCGCGUGCUCAUUUUGCCGAUUCAGCGGACGAUACAAUUUUGCAUCGUACUGGGCCUGUUUCGCUAUGAUAUUGUUCAGCCCAUGAUCUUUCCAUUUCUCAGCCUGGCAACGCUCUUAUACGUCAAAGCUGUCGCCACAACCAACGGCUACGUGAUCAGCGGUGACAGUCUACCAGCACAUCAGUGCCGAGCCCGCCGAGCGUUCUUUGACGGAUGCAUCAAUGGACAUAUCCCCUAUGUAGCUUGGCUACUUUCCAUGCAACUGAUCGCGCUUACUCACGGCACUGGCGGCGAACACAGAUUUACCAUUACCUGUAUUACCGUUAGCAUGGCCAUCACGGGCUACAUGCUUUUCCUUCGUUCUGGUUUGCAGGAGUGGUUGUACCUCGUUGGCGGCCCAUGGCGAAAGGCUAUGCAGCUCAUGGGAGUGUUUGUCAAGCUGACAAGAGAGGAGAUAUCGUUACUUGUCGAUUUUGUUGCCACGGGACAAGCAGCAGGAGACCAGCCAGAUGUUGAACUGGGAACAGUGGCACAGAAGCCAGAGAGGUAUACCAUAUUCGUCCCAUCCAUUGCGACCUUUGUCUUUUUCUAUUUGAUUGCUAUUCUGGCAGCAGUCGAAAACGAUAUCCCACUUGCCUUUACACGAAUUGGUGGGGUGGCAUACGUCUUUUACAUACUUCGAAGCAACGGCUAUUAUACGAGUGAAUCAGGCAUCUCGGAGACGGAGUACACGUUUCGCAAGGCUUGUGAGAUUGGUGCCUAUUUGGGUGCCCUGGGAAAUCUAGUGUGGCGGCUCUUCCUGAUGUACUUGGUGGAUUGGGACUCUUCGUAUAGGCCGGGCUUCUGGGCCACAGCUCCAGUCCAGGUCAUAAUGUCUGUUGGCUUUGCCGCGAUGGUGAUGCUGUGUCGCAGUGGACGUGAGGCAUUGAGUGCCGCUAUCACAACCGCUCGGCAAAAGUCAACUGAUUUCUGGGUAUUCAUGGGCAGAGUGAAACGGAGAGAAGCGUCGAUUGCAUUUGAUCUUAAGCGGAAGAACUCUUGGAACUGUUAGUUGUACAUAUUUUGUCGUAUAAUGAAAUAUAGAGCGUAUCAUAGUGUAGCUUUCCAAACGCGAGACAAUAAAAACGCCUUUCCAAUGAAGUGCCAC